AUGGGAUCUAUCGAGAACGGUCACACUGCCGAGCGCCGGUUCGGAACUCUCGCAGUUCAUGCCGGUGCUCAUCACGACCCCACCACUGGUGCUGUUAUUGCUCCGAUUUCUCUGUCUACCACAUAUGCUCAGACCAGUGUCGGCAGCCCCGUCGGUCAGUAUGAGUACACUCGCAGCUCAAAUCCCAACCGUGACAAUUUCGAGGAGGCAAUUGCUGCUUUGGAGCACGCCAAAUAUGCGCUUGCUUUCUCCUCCGGUUCGGCCACCACUGCGGUCGUUCUGCAGUCCCUGGCUGCUGGUUCCCACGUAGUCUCAGUCUCUGACGUCUAUGGCGGUACCCACCGCUACUUCACUAAGGUCGCCAACACCCAAGGCGUUGAGGUGACCUUCACUCCUACUAUCCAGGAUGAUCUGGAGAAAUUGAUUCGUCCCGAGACUAAGCUCAUCUGGGUUGAGACCCCCUCUAACCCCACUCUGGGUCUCGUUAACAUUCGUGCUGUGGCUGAUAUCGCCCACCGCCAUGGUGUCCUGGUUGUCGUCGACAACACUUUCAUGAGCCCCUACGUCCAGAACCCAAUUACACACGGUGCCGAUAUCGUUGUGCACUCCGUCACCAAGUACAUCAACGGUCACUCUGAUGUGCUGAUGGGUGUUGCUGCUUUCAACUCCGACGCCCUAAAGGAGCGUCUCGGUUUCCUACAAAAUGCCAUCGGCGCUGUUCCCUCCGCAUUUGACUGCUGGCUCGCUCACCGUGGUCUCAAGACCCUUCAUCUGCGUGCUCGUGAGGCUUCCAAGAACGCCACCGUCGUUGCUCAGAUCCUCGAGGCUUCUCCUAAUGUCAUCUCCGUCAACUACCCCGGCCUUGAUUCUCACCCCCAGCGUACCAUUGCUCUCAAGCAGCACCGCGACGGUAUGGGUGGCGGCAUGCUGAGCUUCCGUAUCAAGGGCGGCAAGGCUGCCGCCCAUGACUUUUGCCAGCACACCAAGAUUUUCACGCUGGCUGAGAGUCUGGGCGGUGUUGAGAGUCUCUGCGAGGUGCCUGCUAGCAUGACCCACGCCGGUAUUCCCAAGGAAGACCGUGAGAUUGCUGGCGUCUACGAUGACCUUGUGCGCAUGAGCUGUGGUGUUGAGGAUGCCGAGGAUCUCAAGGCCGAUGUCCUUCAGGCUCUUGAAUUGGCUGUUGCUACUUCCAAGGCUUAG